UCCAGGGGCGCGUGUCUGCGGAGUCCAGGGCGCAGCGGAAGGCUGCGGUGCGACUCUGAAUGAACUGAUGAGAGCGAGUUCUCAGCCUGCCCUGGAGGGGAGCGGAGCGAGGGUCCCGGCGGCGGGCAAGACCGAAGCACUGAGGGCUGGGUAGCGGUCCCCGGGCCGCCGCCGUGGAAAUUUCCAAGGACUUGGAGCGGCUGGGAGAGCACGUCUGAGGGGUGCCGGGCACCGCACCGCGGCGGCGCAGGAGGCGGGGAAAGGGCGGUGCAGGGCGCAAGAGCAUCUCUCUCUGGAAGGGACACAGUGGGUCAGAUGUCCCGGAGCCAUCCGCACCUCUUUCAGGACCUCAGCCGAGGGCGACUGUAAGGGCGGUAGCAGCCAACCCCACUGCUCUCGUCCAGACCCCUCCAGCACUCGCCUCUGCAGGGAAAACGACCAUGGCUCGUGACUUACCCGGGGGCCACUUCCUCUAGCAAGAAAUCGGUGGGAAAAGUUGCAUUGGAGAAGAUCCUUGUAUCUGACCUUUGGGACCGUGGUGGGGGGUUCCCCAGCAGUGCGUACAAGAAAGCCAAAGGUGUGUGUGCAUGGGGGACCGGCCGUGGGGGCAGCCUCCCCUGCCACUUCGCCUGGCUUUGUGCUGAGGCUCCCACCACCGACUCUGGGACUCUGAGACUGUGAUGGGCCCCUGCGGGCGGGCCCGGCUACACACAUCCAGAGGGGCAAUGGCCAUACUGGCAUGGAAGUUCCCGCGUACCCGGCUACCCGUGGGAGCCAGUGCCCUCUGUGUGGUGGUACUCUGUUGGCUCUACGUCUUCCCUGUCUACCGGCUACCCAACGAGAAGGAGAUCAUACAAGGAGUGCUGGCACAGCGCACAGCUUGGAGGAGGAACCAGACUGCCGCUAGGGUCUUCAGGAAGCAAAUGGAAGACUGUUGCGAUCCGGCCCAUCUCUUUGCUAUGACGAAGAUGAACUCCCCCAUGGGGAAGAGCCUGUGGUAUGAUGGGGAGUUCCUAUACUCAUUCACCAUUGACAACUCCACCUUUUCCCUCUUCCCCCAGGCAACCCCCUUCCAGCUGCCGUUGAAGACAUGCGCGGUGGUGGGAAACGGUGGGAUUCUGAAGAUGAGUGGCUGUGGCCGUCACAUAGACGAAGCAGAUUUUGUCAUGCGAUGCAAUCUCCCUCCCUUGUCAAGUGAGUACACCAGAGAUGUCGGCUCCAAAACUCAGCUGGUGACAGCUAAUCCCAGCAUUAUUCGCCAGAGGUUUCAAAACCUGCUCUGGUCAAGAAAGACGUUUGUGGACAACAUGAAGAUCUAUAACCAUAGCUACAUCUACAUGCCUGCUUUUUCUAUGAAGACAGGAACAGAGCCGUCUCUCCGUGUAUAUUACACACUGAAAGAUGUUGGUGCCAAUCAAACAGCGCUUUUUGCUAAUCCCAACUUUCUGCGGAGCAUUGGAAAGUUCUGGAAGAGCAGGGGAAUUCAUGCCAAGCGCCUGUCUACAGGACUGUUUCUGGUCAGCGCAGCCUUGGGCCUCUGUGAAGAGGUGGCCAUCUAUGGCUUCUGGCCCUUCUCCGCAAAUAUGCACGAGGAGCCCAUUAGCCACCACUACUACGACAAUGUCUUGCCCUACUCGGGCUUCCACGCCAUGCCUGAGGAAUUUCUCCAACUCUGGUACCUUCACAAAACUGGUGUGCUGAGGAUGCAGCUAGACCCAUGUGAGGAGCCAUCACUUGAGCCCACUUCCUAGGGACCAGAAGAAGAAAGAACUGGGCUGUGAAAUAUUUUUGCUAGGUUUUCUAUAUGACUUCCAAAAGGAGUGGCCAAAUGUGUCAUGGAUUGGCAUGAUAGCAAACAAACAAAAACCCAAGCAAAACUUUGCGUUUGACAUUGGCUUGGAGAAUACUAAGAAGUAAAAUGUUCUGGGGAAAGAUUUUAUAGUGUGUCGUGGAUUUACAACUGGGACCCCAAGGAGAUGAUACUGGCGGAUGACGUGUCUGUGGUUCAAAUCUAGAAGACGAGAUUCAAGGAGCAGACGAACUCUGAUUGCUGAGGCCGAGGGCCUCAUCGUGGCAGCAUGUGGAGAUGCUGGGGGUAUUGCUGCAGUCAAUACACAGUGGCAUCGCUGGGGGUUAUUGCUGACCGUCAAUAUGCAGUGACAUCGUAGUCAUUUUAAAAGACCUGUCUUAUUGA